AUGUUCGAGUUGGUGCUGGAUACCCUGAGCAGUAUGUGCGCAUUGACCAAGGACACUGAAAUAUCCAUGGAGGGCAACCCAUCCUCGACUACAUCGAUAGAGACACUGAAAGCACUACGCGACAUCGGUAUCAACCGGUACUCCUUAGGAAUCCAGUCAUUCCAGGAGCACAUCCUUACAGAACUCGGUCGAGACCACACCCCAUCGACUGCACUAAAAUCUUUACUUGAUGCACGAGCUGUCUGGCCAGGGAAGGUAUCGAUGGAUCUGAUUAUGGGUCAUGCUGGUCAGACGUUAGAUGACUGGAUCAAGGAACUUCGGUUCACGAUGGACAUUGUCGAUGACCAUCUGAGUCUUUACCACCUCACCGUUGAGCCCGGUACCGCGUUGCACACUGAUGUCAAGCAAGGAAAAACGACACUGCCAGAUGGUGAUCUGUCUACGGAUAUGUACGAGGCCACCAUCCAGCUAACUCGAGAAGUUGGGUUUGAGCACUAUGAGGUGUCUAACUUUGCGAGGAACAAGGCCUACAGCAUGCAUAACAGUGGCCACUGGCUCGGCAUCGACUACCUUGGUACCUUACUGUCGUGGAUGAUGCAUAGGACCUGGCGCCCACGGUCGAAUGAGCCAUCCUCAUACACGUCAAAAAUUUCGCACAUUCAACGACAAGGCCUACUGGAGUAUUUGAACAAGGACGCGACGGCGUCGUGUAUUGAUGCGGGGUUGUUACAGCUCAGCGUAGCAUCGUUGUCACCGACCGAGCGUGGCAUGGCUGUUGCGGACGAGCUCUCUGUCCGCCUUCUUCCAUAG